AUGUUGAGGAUAUGGAAAUGGUACGAGAGAUGCUUAUCUAUUCAUCCUGUGAAAACACAAGUUGUUAGCUCAGGUUUCCUAUGGGGCAUUGGUGAUGUUGGGGCUCAAUACAUCACCUAUUCCACCGCAAAGAAACGCCUCCAACGUCAAGAUGAAGAGCAAGAAUGUAAAAUUGAUUGGAAAAGGGCAGCUACCACAAGUUUGUUUGGAUUUGGCUUUGUUGGACCAGUUGGACACUACUGGUAUGAAGGGUUGGACAGAUUAAUAAAGUUGAAGUUUCAACUACGACCAAAGACGACCAAGUUUGUUGCUGCCAAAGUAGCCAUGGAUGGCAUUCUCUUUAGCCCCUUUGACUUGUUCUUAUUCUUCUCCUAUAUGGGGCUUUCCACCGGUAAAAGCGUUCCACAAGUGAAGGAAGACGUGAAGAGAGACUUUCUUCCGGCCUUGAUCUUGGAGGGUGGUAUAUGGCAGAUUGUUCAGAUUGUGAAUUUCCAAUACAUUCCUGUGAGAUACCAGCUCCUUUAUGUCAACAUCUUCUGCUUGUUAGACUGUGCCUUUUUGUCAUGGAUCGAACAACAGAAUGAUGCUCCAUGGAAACGUCGGUUCGGGGGAGGCCAAGGUAGAUGGUGA